CUAAAGUAUACGGAAGUCCUGACGCACAGGAAAAUGUUGAAGUCUUUUUUGUAUAGCUAGUUCUGGUAAUAUCGUUGUGAAAAUUUGCAAUUCAUUGAAAACACAUGACACCAGACAACCUUCAUUUCAAAGGUUACCAGUGAAACGGUCGUGGAAGUACAUUCCAUUCGUUCCUUUUGUUUAUAUCCACCGAGAUGAACUCGAAUAUUAGUAUUUGUAAAGGUCUAGAAUGUGUGUUAGUUUGGAGUACUUUCGCUAUAUUCGGGCUUAAAGAAAUAUCUGGGACGGCCCCGCACAAACCGGGUUUGGAAACAUACAGUUUGGAGGGAAAGUGGAAAAUAAAUAACGCUAACAAUUCUUUGGCUCUGGUUGCGGAUGUACCAGGCUGUGUGCAUUCAGCUCUGCUGAAACAAGGACUGAUACAGGAUCCCUAUUAUAGAUUUAAUGAUCUGGCUCACAGAUGGAUCUCUCUGGACAACUGGACUUAUACAAAGGCAUUUUCUCUCCCGCCUGAUGUCAGCAGCAACAAAAGAGUAAAUCUUGUAUGUGAUGGCAUAGAUACAGUGUCUGCAAUUUCUAUCAAUCAAGUCUUCGUGGGGAGGACAGACAACAUGUUCCAGAGAUAUAGUUUUGAUGUCACCCGGUUGGUAAAGGACAGCAAUGUUAUACAGGUUGACUUUACGUCAGCAAUAACAUAUGCAGCUGAGCAAAGAGCAGCUCACGUCUCCUAUAUGGUGCCUCCGGAAUGCCCCCCUCCUGUGCAGAAAGGAGAGUGCCAUGUUAACUUCAUCAGAAAGGAGCAGUGCUCAUUUAGUUGGGAUUGGGGUCCAUCAUUCCCUACACAAGGAAUCUGGAGAGGCAUCCGAAUCGAGGCCUAUGAUGUUUUUCAGCUGGUGUAUCUCACUGCUACUCCUAGCUAUGAUCACAAUACCAAACAGUGGAACCUUCAAGUAGAGGCCUUCUUUGACACAGUCAGCCUUAAACCACUAGCAGGCCACGUGACCAUUCACAUCCCUAAACUGCAAACACAACAAAUCUAUGAGGUCACACUUCAGCCUGGACAGAGCAACAGCAAACUUAUACUUCCUGUAAACAAGAUCGUUCCUCUGGAAUACUGGUGGCCUAGCGGACAGGGGAACCAGACUGGGUAUAACAUGACUGUCGCUGUCUCUGUGGCUGAAGGAUACAGUAUUGAAAAAAACAUUAUGGUGUAUUUCCGCACAGUGGAGUUGGUACAGGAGCCCAUUCCAGGAUCCCCUGGCCUCAGCUUCUAUUUCAAGAUCAAUGGACUGCCGAUUUUCCUCAAGGGCUCAAACUGGAUCCCGGCGGAUUCAUUUCAGGAUCGAGUCACCCCUGAAAUCUUAAGAAAUCUUCUCCAGUCUGCUGUCGAUGCCAAUAUGAACACAUUGCGUGUCUGGGGAGGAGGAGUUUAUGAAAUGGAUGAGUUUUAUGACAUCUGCGAUGAACUAGGAAUUAUGAUCUGGCAAGACUUCAUGUUUGCUUGUGCCCUUUACCCUACUGAGAAAAGCUUUAUAGACUCAGUGAGAGAAGAAGUUACUCAUCAAGUGAGGAGAUUAAAGUCCCAUCCUUCUGUCAUUAUAUGGAGUGGAAACAAUGAGAAUGAGGCUGCCAUUGCCAGCAACUGGUUCAAAAUUCCAUCAUCAGAAUGGCCGAUUUACAUCAAGGACUAUGUGACUCUGUAUGUGAACAACAUUAGGGAUAUAAUUCAAAAUGAAGAUAAAAGUCGUCCGUAUCUGUCAUCAAGCCCCACAAAUGGAGAGGAAUCAAUUAAGGAAGGAUGGGUAGCCAAAAACCCUUAUGAUACCAACUACGGUGACACACAUUUCUACAGCUACCUCGACGACUGCUGGGACUGGAAGAGUUUCCCAAAGACCAGGUUCGCCUCUGAAUAUGGUUUCCAGUCCUGGCCAUCUUUUUCGACUUUACAAAAGGUUUCUAUUCUUGAAGACUGGAAUUACUCCAGCAAUUUCACUGCUCAUCGGCAGCACCACAGCAAAGGAAACAAGGAGAUGAUGGAGCAGGCUGCCCUUCACUAUACCCUUCCACAGUCUACAGACCCCUUGCAGAAGUUUAAAGACACAUUGUUCCUGACACAGGUGAUGCAGGCCCAGUGCAUUAAAACAGAAACGGAGUUCUACAGACGCAGUCGGAGUGAGAUCCUUGAUGGAAAGGGGCACACGAUGGGGGCUCUGUACUGGCAGCUGAAUGAUAUCUGGCAGGGUCCCUCCUGGUCUUCCAUUGAAUACGGCGGGAAGUGGAAGAUGCUCCAUUAUUUUGCACAGAACUUCUUUGCUCCAGUCCUUCCGGUGGGGUUUGAAGAUAUAGAAACGCUUAUUAUCUAUGGAGUGUCUGACUUAAAGAAUGACCUCGCACUCUCACUCCUGGUAAAAGCAUACCUGUGGAGCAGUAUGGAACCUGUGUGUGUCGGUGUCACAGAUGCGGUGAUCAAAGCUGGGAGCGCUAGCCCAAUCUACAAAGAGCCUGUGAAUGAUCUGCUGAAGCGAUGCGGGAACUGUACCCGACUGAGCUGCGUCGUCUCCUUCUCUCUGAAGGCAAACGGGCAGCAGUAUGGACCUGACAACUAUCUUUUCCUCUCCUCACUCAAAGAUGCAGAGGGCCUGAAGAAACCACAGCUCUCUGCCACUGUUAAGCAGGAGGGUGAGGCGUACAUUAUCAACUUACAGACAACAAACAUUACCCCGUAUGUUUGGCUGGACGUAGGCGACAUCUCAGGACGCUUUGAAACCAAUGGAUUCCUAAUGUUGCAGAAAACCAAGGCUGUGAAAUUUUUCCCCUGGAAGCCCACGAGUACUUCUGAGCUGACCAAAUCUCUGCAAGUGCGCUCACUAAUGAACAUUUACUGAUACGGAACUGUUAAAGAGCCCUGAUGCGGAACUGUUGAAGAGCCCGAAAAUCAUCUUAUGGCACUGUUGGCUUCAUUUACAUAAAUACUCCAAUUGAAAUUUGUCAACCUUUUUCUGAUAAAUUAAAUAAAAUUGAAAAGAAAAGGACUCCAGCUUUUUUGUUUACAGCUCCAGUAGAAAUGAUGUGCUCAGCUGGUUUUCACAUGUAAUGUUUUUCAUUAGAAAGUAAGUAUAUUGAUUUGAGAAAUAUCACAGGCCAGUUGUGCCUGAUAUUGAUUCAUUUUCCUUCUUACUGGUUCAAAAGCGAAAUUUAUAGAUCGCUUUAAUCAAAUUUGGAUACAUUUUUGUUACCUUUCUUCACACACUUUUUGUUUAUAUUUGAAAGUUCCUUUUCAAGUACAAAAUGUAUUCCAUUACUUUAUUAACCUAUUAUGCCCGAUUCAGCUGAACACUUGUUACACCCGCGACGUCGGCACGCCUGUCUCUGCCCCCACAGAAGAAAAAACUGCGUGCAGGAUGGCGCGCAAUGCCAUUUUCUAUUCAGCCUUUUCAGCUUACAAAGAAAGUGACCCAGCAUUCGAGAGAGUGAAAAUUCACUGUCUUCGACCAGAAGCAGUCAGAUAAGCCUGUCUUAUUUUAUUUCUGUUUGUUUUUUCCCCUUGGGAUAAACCGCUGAGGCAAAAAAUUGUUUAAAUACAUUUUUUGUGUUUUAACCAAGUCUGUUUUUGCGGCCUUCUGCCAGCGGCAGCAGCGGGCUUGCCUGCUCCUGCACCCACAGAUCGGUGACAUAGUAUUAUUAAUAUUAUUUCUACCUUAACUCCAGCUGGAGUUUUAUUGUCUUGUUUUUUACAAGCAUAUUGUGAAUUUAAACUAUGUUUAAAUAUAUAUUGUGGUUGAAACUGCUGUAUUUGUGUUUCUCCCUUUUUUAUUCCAGGUGCUGUGCGCACGGUUUACUGCUUAAGCAGUCUGGCUCAGAUUUGCUUGCAAGCCAGCGCUCCUGGAUGGGCACUGUGUUUAGCUCUCGGGCUGCACAGACUAACUUGCAGGCUGUAGCCCAACAGUUAGAGAGCUCUGCUCUGUUGCCCAUGCCACAAUAGCAGGCAGCUUCGGCACCGCUUUGUGAAGGCUUGUCAUCCCUGUGUUGCUGCCUUUGUCACGCGAAAUUUGCUUAGGCCCUGCCAAUACCAUCUGUGCACCGUACCACACCAUGCACGGUAGUACACUGUGCCGCACCGUGCCGUGCCUCCGUCCGACGUACUGCACCGUACCGUGCUAAACGUACUGUGCACCUGCACCGUGUUUCACCAUGCAUCAUAGUGUACCACCUGUGCGCAUGACUACAGUUUUGCUGCAACGAUGCCUGGGUUCCAUUCUUGCAUGACUUGGAAGAAGCCUAUCCCUUCAGAGGAUUAGCACAAUAUAUGGUGUCUUGGUAUUGAGCAUGCUCUGCAAGCAUUCCAGGAUCACGCCUUUUGUGAGACCUGUGUGCUGCUCAUCAGACAUUCGGUCGAGCGCAGGAACAAAUGUUUUGCAGAACAUGCUCUGACUUUCUCUAGCCCCUCACACCUUUUCAAAGUGCAUGGAGGCUAUCCUGACCCCUCCUGAGGCUACAAGGCAUCGGAGUGCUCAACUACCUGGACGACUUGCUCAUAUGUGCCGAGUCUCCAGCGCAGGCAGUAGCGCACAUGGAACUGGUGACCGCUCACCUCGACAGGCUCGGUCCGGCAGUAAACUUGUCAAAAAGACAGCUGGUACCGUCCCAGACUACCAUCUACCUGGGAACCUGCUUGAACUCAAGCAGCAUGAUCGCCACUCUGUCAGAUGACAGAAUCCAGAGGCUCCACACGUGCCUGAGGCUGUUUCAGCCCGGCGUGUCACGGGAGGUCGUCACCUUUCAGAGGCUUCUGGGCCUAAUGGCAGCAGCAUCCCAGACCCUUCCAUUGGGUCUUCUCCACAUGUGCCCUCUACAAGCAUGGUUCAGUCACAGGGUGAAUCAUCCCCUCUUGCAACCACAUCUCCGCCUGUUGGUGUCCUGACACUGUAUGGAGGCCCUCUCACGGUGGAAACAGCCAGCUCACCUGUGUCUAGGUGUGGCAUUGGGCAGUAUCACCAGACGAGAGCUGAUCACCACAUACGCCUCCGUCUCAUGCUGGGGUGCCAUGUGGAAUGGACGAGGAGCGCAAGGUGUGGGGCAGCCCUCUUGGGUGGGGCUACACAUAAAUGUCCUGGAGCUGCAGGCAGUUUUUCUGGCCUUGCAGAGUUUCUUCCAGGAGGUGUAGGGGAGGCACGUGUUGUUCAGGACGGACAACACAACCGGCCCAGGAGAACAUGGUUCUCCACACUGGUGCAGCUAUUGCGCCACCAGCUUUGGCACUUGCCCAUGCACCGCAACCUGCUCUGCCAGGCGCAGGCACCCAAACCCAUCGAGCCUACAGUUUUGGGUCUGGCCCCUGAACGGCUCCUGUUCAGCCAGUUAGGCUUGUCGGAGAGAGUCGUAUUGACUCUCCAGAAUGUGAGAGCUACUUCUGUGCGCUCUCAGUAUGGAUACAAGUGGGGCAUGUUCCAGACUUGGUGUUUGGCACAUCAGGCUGAUCCCACGACUUGCCCCAUGCUAAUCAUUCUGCAGUUUUUGCAGGACAUCUUUGAUGAGGAUAAAUCCACCUUGAUUCUGAAGGUCUACUUGGCAGCCAUCUCGGCUUGCCAUGUUAAAAUUGACUCGGUGUUCCCAGGGGCUCAUUUUCUGACUGGCCAGUUCCUGAAAUGGGUGCGGAGUCUUUGGCCUCCUUUGAAGGACUAAGUUCCUCAGUGGCGGUUAAAUGUGGUGCUGCGUGCACUCACAAAACCACCCUUUGAACCUCUGCGUUCUACAGAGCUUAAAUACCUGGCUCUGAAGAGCGUUUUUACUUGCCAUCACCUCCGCUAGAUGCGUGAGUGAGAUGCAGGCAUUUUCAGUGGCAAAAGCUUGUUUGUUUUUUACGGAGUCCAGGACUAUGGGCUUACUCCGUACGAAUCCGACCUAUGUGCCCAAAUGCCAGUCGACCUUCCAUGUCAAUCAGUCUGUGGAAUUAGAGGCCUUUCUUCCUCCACCAUUCCAGACAGAUGAGGAGCGUUGGCUCCAUAGGCUUUGUCCGGUUAGGGCAUUAACAUAUUAGGUUGACAGGACAAAAAGUUGGUGGCAAUCUGAGCAGCUGUUUUUAUGUUUUGGAGCUAAGAAGCAUGGUUAAGUUCUAUCAAAACAGAGGCUGUCCAAUUGGAUCGUGGAGACAAUCAAGAUUGCUUACGAGCAAGCCAACUUACCCCCUCCAGAGAAGGUCACAGGUCAUUCCACUAGGGGUCUUGCUACCUCUUGGACGUUGUUUUAGGGUGCAUCGGUAUCUGACAUUUGCAAUGCAGUGGUGUGGGCCAUACCUUCACAAGGUUUUCCAGGCUUAAUGUCCUGGAUCCUCAGGACCCUGCCUUUGGAACCAGAGUGCAGACAGUGGCGUCUCAGCCAGAUUCAGAAGCAUAUGCAUGAGGUAAUUAUGCAUUCUGUGAACGUUACCAUGCUUUAUAAGUAUGGCAAGCCAUCAAGUCUCUCUAAAUUGGCUGUUCUGCAAGUCAUGUCCUUGCGACGGCUUGGGUAUACAUACCCAUUGUGUAAUGGAAUACAUUUCUUACUUGAAAGGGAACGUUAGGAUAUUAUCACAACCCUGGUUCCUUGAAAUAGAAAUUUAUCCAUUACAAUUCUUUGGUCGCUCCAUACAUUAUAUGCAGUAGGCUGAAGAAAAUGUAUGACGUUAAACGCUGUCCUGCAUGUAGAGACUGGUAUGCCGACGUCGCGGGUGUAAGACGUAGCUUUGGUAGUGUUCAGUUGAAUAGGGCAGAAUACAUUAACCCAUUGUGUAAUGGAUACAUUUCUACUUCAGGGAACCAGUUAUAAUAAUAACCCAACGUUUUACAACUUUUAUACCUCAAACCAAUAAAACAAAAUACAAUUAUACUGUUGGUGUUGUGUGUGGUUUAAUAAUGUGUUGUACAGAAAUCAAUUGUAUUCAAUUAAUACUUCACCUUGUCAUGAAGCUAGUAGUUACAAAACAAGUUAUUACAAUUUUGUGUGCUGAAACUAAAUUUAGUGAAUGAAUGAAUUAAUUGAUACUACUUCACCAGGCUAUGCCCAGUGAGUUCCAUUGACAUUUAUUAUUAUUAGGACCCCCUUGGAAAUUUGAUGUAAAUUGCAAUAGGUUCUUAUUAAAGGUUAAAGAAUAAAUUAUAUGUAUUAUUGAAAGUAACAACUCCUCAAAACAUGUUUGCAGAAGUUAUUGGUUUUCAGAGCAUGAUUAGUAUUUCAUAGUAUCUUAGUAUACAAUAUAUAUAUUAAGCUUCAUAGUAUCUUGGUAUAUAAUAUAUAUAUUAAGCUGACUCACUGUAUGUAGAUUUUAGAAAAGUAGCAUGCUGUGGAUAUGUAGGAAGAAGACUUCUGAGACAAGUACAUUUUGUUUUUCUUUUAUUAUAAAAAUGUAUUACAAUUAUGCCACUGUAAAGCAAGAUUAAAACAAUUAAAGUAGUAUACAUAAGCUUACUACUUCUGCAUAUAUUUACAGAAUAAAACUGAAGAAUGAAACCAUUUUUGGAAAUGCAAUAAAAAAAGCAAUACAAUAUCAA